CGGGCCGUGGCUGCAGACGCCUAGGAGGGGAGACAUUAAUGAAUGCAGCUUCCAAGGGGGAGAGACCAGAGCCUGCCUUCCCAUCCCCACUGUUCAGCCUGGCGUUGCGCGGCUCGGAAGGGCUCUCGGGAGGACGUGUGAACGCGCCACGGCGUGGAUAACCCGCAGCCAGCCUGGCCUGCAGAAGACCGAUGCGGCUGAUCCCAGCUAAAUGGAGCCCGGGUGGUUCAUGCUACAGAUGAAGUUGCGCUGCGCCCUGCUGCUUACUCUGUGGCUGGAGAUGGCCACGCUCAGCACUGGCUCAGAGCGCUGCGACGACUGGGGUGUGGACACCAUGAAACAAAUCCAGCUCUACGAUGGGGAGCCCACCAGGAUCAAAUGCCCGCUCUUCGAGACCUUCUUGAAGUUCAACUACAGCACGGCCCACUCUGCCGGCCUCACCCUCAUCUGGUACUGGAUCGGGCAGGAUCGGGACCUGGAGGAGCCCAUCAACUUCCGCCUCCCGGACAGCCGGAUCAGCAAGGAGAAGGACACCCUUUGGUUUCGGCCUGCCCAGCUCAACGACACAGGGAAUUACACGUGCAUGCUCAGGAACACAACCUAUUGCAGCAAAGUUGCGUUUCCCUUGGAGGUUGUUCAGAAAGACCCGGGUUCGUGCGUCAGCCGUGCCAUCAAGCCCAUGGAAGAGAUGUUCUACUUGGAGCACGCUAACGAGGUCAUCCCUUGCCCAGAUAUCGAUGGGUUUUACCCUCCCAGUGCAAAGCCAACUAUCAAGUGGUACAAGAACUGCGUGUUUGUGAAGGACUUCUACGACAUCUAUCCUCACGGGCCCACCCUCACCUUCGGCAUCAUCCGCGACACCUUCAAGGGAGACUACACCUGCAUCGUGACCUUCCAGGAGAACGGACGGGCCUACAACCUCACCCGAACCGUGCGGAUGAAGGUGGUGGGGUCUCCAAACAAGGCGUUGCCGCCGCAGUUCACCUCUCCCAACGAGAAAGUCGUCUACAAGCUGGAACCAGGGGAAGAUCUUGUUCUGCCCUGUCAGGUCUACUUCACUUUCCUGAAGGACUCCCGCACCGAGGCAUGGUGGACCAUCGAUGGGAAAAACACGGACGACAUCACGGACCCACGGAUAAAAGUCACUCAAAGCGAGAUUGCCCAGCUCUUCGGAGACAAGGACAUUGUGAGGAUGCUGACGAUUGCAAAGGUCACGCCGGAGGAUUUGAAGCACAACUACACCUGCCAUGCCAGGAACAGCAAAGGAGAAGUGCAGCAGCAGGCGCUGGUGAAAAUGAAAGUUGCAGCUCCGAGAUACACCGUGGAGCUGGCCUGUGGAUUGGGAGCUACCAUCCUGCUGGUCGUGGUCCUGAUAGUCAUCUACCACGUGUAUUGGCUUGAAAUGGUCCUCUUCUACCGAGCUCACUUUGGCACCGACGAGACCAUCCUAGAUGGCAAGGAGUAUGACGUGUACGUGUCCUAUGCCCGUAACGCCGAGGAAGAGGAGUUCGUGCUGCUCACCCUCCGCGGUGUCCUGGAGAACGAGUUCGGCUACAAGCUGUGCAUCUUCGACAGGGACAGCCUCCCCGGGGGAAUUGUCACAGACGAGACCCUGAGCUUCAUCCAGAAGAGCCGGCGCCUGCUCGUCGUCCUGAGCCCCAACUACGUCCUCCAAGGGACGCAGGCCCUGCUGGAGCUCAAGGCAGGGCUGGAGAACAUGGCCUGGAAAGGCAGCAUCCGGGUCAUCCUCGUGCAGUACAAAGCCAUCCGGCAGAGCAAGGUGAAGGAGCUGCAGCGGGCCAAGGCCGCCCUCACCGUCAUCAAGUGGAAAGGCGAGAAGUCCAAGUACCCCAAGGGCAGGUUUUGGAAGCAGCUGCAGGUUGAAUUGCCCCUCAAGAAACACCCCUGGGGCUCUGGCCUGGCUGAGCAGGAGCUCUCCUACUGCCCCAUGGGACACGUGUGAGGGGCUGGGGCAUGGAGAACUGCCUCUCUGCAGCUGUGCAAGGAAGGAUCCGGUCUCGAGUGUUUCGGAGGACAGCAUCCCUGCUGAAAAUGCACUCCCCCCAUUUCAGGGCAGCAGACCCCGCUGCCCCUGCACUCCCAAGGUCCGGGCAUCUGCCACCCGGGGAGGGUGCAGCCAUCCUUCAGGCCACUGUUCUCACCCCGAUUCCUAUCGGGUCACUCCUGCUUUCUGGGAUCACCCUUCCCUUGGCUUCUCCGAGAUCUCCAGCCCCUUCUCUCCCAUGCUGACCAUUGCAGAGCCCUCUCGAGGGGCCAUCGGACUGGUCUCCUGCUCAGCAAGCAGCUACGGAUGCUUUAGGAAAGGACUGGCAUCAGUUUGCUUGUGCACUCCUCUGCUUUGCUGCAGGGUCAUCGAUUGCUGCUUCACUACAGCCUGUGUGCCCAGCACUGAGCUGGCUGCUCGGGCACCUUCCCAUCCAGAUAGUGCGCACUUGGUUUUAUAACAAGGCAGAGCAGGUGUCCCAGCACUGUCCUGUUCCUUGUUUUCAGGGCUUGGCUAGGUGGCAUUUGUCUUCAGGAAUAUCUAGGAAGACUCCUGGCAGUCUUCUGUGCUCUCCAAAUCCUGUGGUGCUGUCACUGAUUGAUCCAAGGAGAGUUUCUCCUGCAUUUAUAGUGCCUCAGAUCACACCCUUGCAUGUCUGACUUAUUCAGAGAGUAAACUCAGGGACUUUGCAAGGGUUGCAAACUGCCUGCAUUUACUACAGGGCAAUGAGCAAUGUCUCCCUUUAACCUAAGCUGCUGGCCAUUGGAGAGUACUGCAGAAAGAGCAGGGGUUGUCUUUUUUUUUUUGCUGGGAUGUCAUCUUUUUUUUUUUUUUUUUUUUUUUUGCUGUGCAACCCAACAGGAUGGAGGUAUGAGCUUCUGUUCGUUGCCAACUGCUUCACAGCUGUCUUCUCUCCCUAGCUCAGUGAUUUUUCAACUGGGGCCACAGCACUCAGUAGUUCCUCGAGUCCUUUCAGGGGUGCCUCAACAUUAGCACCGUUAGGUUGACCAACACUAUUCACCCCAAGAUUUCAAAUAGAAGUCCAUAGCGGUGGUCUUUGAGUUCUUUGCAACAGAAAAACUGCUCUUCUUAUUUUUCUGCAGACUAAAACCAAGUGGAAACUAAGAGCCGACAUUUUUCCAAGGGGUGUCUUGAGUCUAAGAAAAAAAAUAAGGUUGAAAGGUCCUGCCCUAGACAAGCAAGAAUAGAGUCAUCAGUCUGAACCAGAGGCCUUGUAACAUAAGGUUCACAUUAAACUGGUUUGGGUUUGCAAAAGAAAGCCCUACCCAGAGGGUUUGCAAAGCAGGCACUGCCACCCCUAUUUUUGCAGCCUCUGAACUGGAGGGAGACCAAAGCCGUGAAGCAUUUCCCUUCCCGAUGCUGUUGGUUUGGGCAGUGUGCCCUCCUGUUUGAAACCAUCCUUGUUUUCAAAACACAUUUUGCAAAGCCCAUGCCAGCCCUUUCUAGGUUUUGCGCUUCUGCAGUCCUGGCAAAGGGGGGAGAUGUGCAUGCUCUUGGCAGCUCUAGCUCUCCAGGUGCAGAGCCCUGACGGCAGGCCUGCCUACUCCAACGACCAUGCGAUGCUGUAGCACAGGGGAUGCGGGCAUUAACUGGUCCCACUGGUCCUGAGCUCUCUCCUUCCCUGCUGUCACUGGCGCUCAGCUGCGGGGCGUAAGUACGGCCUGUCUUCCAGCCAUCCCUCCUGUCUCCCCUGCAGCCAGGUUUGAAGCGGAGGACCUCGCAAGCACUCAGCCCUGAGCCCAGCUCUGGUCCUGGUGGAGCCCCACAUCUUGCUGCUGGGAGCAGAGGUCGGCUGGCACCGAGCACCCAGAGGCAGCAUGCACGGGCUGGCACGAGGAUGCUAAACCAUUGCAUCGGGACACGAACGUGCUGGGUCAAGAGCCUGUCUGCUAGCACAGCGCACGAUGCUAUCCCAGUGCUCAGCUGGACGGUGGGCAGCUAUCGGCGUAAAUGAGAAUAUAAAGCUGUUGGGGCUAGCCAGCUCUGUGCUGCUUUUCCAGGGAGGGUUGUUUUUCCCACUCGUCCUGUGAAUCAUCUACUACUGUCUCCAAGCUCUGCACUGUCUGGGAGCUCCCCCCCGAGUGCAGCGAUCUUGACACCGUUUCAGGUCCAUCCUGGCAUCCGUCAUACCCCUGGACGUGCCUGUGUGCUGUUUGUAGGAGAAGCCUAGCUGCUAUUUUCCCCAUGACUCCCUGUCGUUCCUGUGGUGUCUGCAGGCGAGACCUGGACUCGCAUUAUGGUGCUGUUUUAAAAAGCCACGAAGAGCCAGCUGGAGCUUGGAGACUCUCCACUUGGCCAUACACAUUCAUGCUGUUCGGGGGUCCUGGCUGUGCCUGGCCGGACCCCGCUGCAGCCAUUUACACUACUACUACUACUACCGAAUUCAAUGCAUUUAUUAGCAUAGCUCCUGGGAGCCUCAGCUGCAAAGCCCUUGGUGCCAGGCACAGUCUGAACCCCAAACGGGGAGAUAAUCCCUGCCUCAAAUGAUGCAUCCUUAGUGCCAAGGAAAUGAAUCGGUCUGGGAUGCCACAUCCCAGCUGACCUCAGUGAAGUAACAUGGGCCCAGGGGCUUUGCUAUCCAUGGAGGGAGCAAGGUUGUUUCCUCCUCCACCCAUUCGAUUUGCACCCGUGGUUUUUGCUACAUAGGGUGAGGCCAUGAUAGCUGCAGCACUUCAUCCAGUUGCAUGUUCCUCCUUGCCUCAUUUUCUCCUCCCAAAAGCAGGCCAAGUGGCCAUCAGGCAGCCAUAACGACUGCAGGCAGGAAGAUAGGCUCCAAAUGAAAAUGAGAACUCCUUUUUGUUCCCAUUAGAUGCAACGAGUGCGCGCGUGCACGGCUCUGCCAGCUCCCAAGCGGUAGCGUGGUGCAUAAACCGCCUUUGGGGUGCAGGGAGAGAGCAUCUGCCGAGGUUUUGGGAGGUGACUGUAUUAGGAAAUGAGUCCCCAUUUGUUUGAUUUGCAUUUGCUUGCUUUUAAGCAGUCCGAUUUAAAAAUAUUAAUAAUAUAUUCAUAUUUAUUUUGCUUGUGUAAAACAGUCACUCUAGUGACAGCAGGGAUUUCUAGGCCGUGGCCCUGAGAGAAGACAGUCUGUGUUAACUCAUCACCGAAAGCAGCAGCCAACUGAUCCCUUUAGUUCACCGUAUUCAUGUGGGUCUUUGUGCGAUAACCUAGCAUUAUUUCAUGUAAAGUUUUCCAUUUUA